UGCAAACAUCAAUGUCAAGUUCGGCAAAUGUACGAAUGUCUAAUUGUGUUGCAGUUUAACUGAAAUACAAAAGAAUCAAACUGAGUUACAGUUAAUAUAUAUAAUUAUCUACAACAAUAUCGAUAAGAAGUAUUAUUGAUUGAUAGUUAGAACAGUUUUAUUCCGAAACUUUAAAAAUGUUGAUCAAAGUUAAGACUUUAACAGGGAAAGAAAUAGAGAUAGACAUAGAGCCCACCGACAAAGUGGAACGUAUCAAAGAAAGAGUCGAAGAAAAAGAAGGCAUUCCACCUCAACAGCAGAGACUUAUUUUUUCAGGAAAACAAAUGAAUGAUGAAAAAACAGCUCAGGAUUAUAAAGUACAAGGAGGAUCUGUGCUUCAUUUGGUUUUGGCAUUAAGAGGGGGUAAAUGAUCUCUUGUGAUUAACUUCUCAAUUUUAUAUUACUUAUUAUUUAAUUAUUCAUUUCCUGUAUAAAGUAAAACUGAUUAAAAUAAUAUAAAACAA